AUGUCGGGAUUUGUUGUCAGUUCGCGGACCCCGCCUUUCAGGACCGGUAAUUGUUGCACUACACGCGUCUCUCUCACUCUCUCUUAUAAAUUUGACCAAAUCGUUCCAACCCUCGUAUCUAUCUAUCUAUCUAUCUAUCUAUCUAUCUAUCUAUCUAUCUAUCUAUCACAAUCUCUCCUUAUCUAUUUAUCUAUCUAUCUAUCUAUCUAUCUAUCUAUCUAUCUAUCUAUCUACUCUCCUUAUCUAUCACAGUCUCUCCUUAUCUAUCUAUCUAUCUAUCUAUCUAUCUAUCUAUCUAUCACAGUCUCUCCUUAUCUAUCUAUCUAUCUAUCUAUCACAAUCUCUCCUUAUCUAUCUAUCUAUCUAUCUAUCUAUCUAUCUAUCUAUCUAUCUAUCUACUCUCCUUAUCUAUCUAUCACAGUCUCUCCUUAUCUAUCUAUCUAUCUAUCUAUCUAUCUAUCUAUCUAUCUAUCUAUCUAUCACGACCUCUCCUUAUCUAUCUAUCUAUCUAUCUAUCUAUCUAUCUAUCUAUCUAUCUAUCACAGUCUCCCCUUAUCUAUCACAAUCUCUCCUUAUCUAUCUAUCUAUCUAUCUAUCUAUCUAUCUAUCUAUCUAUCUAUCUAUCAACAAAACUGUCAAAAUCGAAAUAAUCUAUCUAUCUAUCUAUCUAUCUAUCUAUCUAUCUAUCUAUCUAUCUAUAUUGACGUGGCGUUACUGCCAGAAGAAUUAAUAAAAUAUGUUUCAGCAGAUUUUGGAAAUUGCUUCUAUCUAUCUAUCUAUCUAUCUAUCUAUCUAUCUAUCUAUCUGCUACAUUCUUUUCCUUUCCUUUCUUAUUUAGUCAUCCAUCUAUCUAUCUAUCUAUCUAUCUAUCUAUCUAUGUGGACAUAUUUUCAUAUGUCUAUUCCUCCAUUGCAAAGCAGCAUUCAGUCGAUGUGGUCUUCUCGGCGGUGUUGUGAUGUCUUUGCGCUGCGGAACCUGCCCAGGAGGAUUUCAUGGUUCACCAUUGCUUCUAUAGCCUUUGCUACAAAUCUAUCUAUCUAUCUAUCUAUCUAUCUAUCUAUCUAUCUAUCUAUCCUGUUCAUUAUCUAUCCAUUUAUCUAUCAAUCGACCGAUGGAUCUCAUACUGUUGACUAUCUAUCUAUCUAUCUAUCUAUCUAUCUAUCUAUCUAUCUAUCUAUCUAUCUAUCUAUCUAUCUCUAUUUUCUUUACAGUGAAGCCAUGUACAACGUUUAA